AGUAAAUACCUCAGUUUACCUCACAGGACAAACAGUAGGGGUAAAGGAUUCCGAGCGAGAGCAUCAGCAGAGAAUCAGUAACUACCUAUAGAGAGAGGAGAUACAUCUGGGAAAACAUACAACCACUUGAAGGGUUGCAAGACUAACAACUGGUUGUCAAAGGGAGACUCAGCUGCUUCAUCUUCCAUUUUUGUAUCCAGUGAGGUUUACACAAAGCCACCAUGAAGCUGAAGCUGAAGCUACCGAACCCAGGGCUAGAUAACCGAAUCCCCUCUCAUGCGGACCUAGAGAGGAUGGAAAAGGAAGAAUCAGGGGACAGACCCAAGUGGGACAACAAAGCUCAGUACCUGCUCACCUGUGUGGGCUUCUGUGUGGGACUUGGUAACGUCUGGAGGUUCCCAUACCUGUGUCAAAGUCACGGAGGAGGAGCAUUUAUGAUCCCGUUCCUUAUCCUGCUGGUCCUGGAGGGAAUCCCGCUGCUGCACUUAGAGUUUGCCAUUGGUCAGCGCCUGAGGAAGGGCAGUGUGGGAGUGUGGAGUUCCAUUAAUCCUUACCUGACGGGAAUUGGUAUUGCUUCCUUGCUUGUCUCAUUUUUGGUGGGUGCGUACUACAACACCAUCAUGGCCUGGAUCAUGUGGUAUCUCUUCAAUUCCUUUCAAGAUCCUCUGCCUUGGAGCCAAUGUCCUCUCAAUGCCAACCGCACAGGUGUGGUUGCGGAGUGUGCACGGAGCAGCACUGUUGACUACUUCUGGUACAGAGAGACUCUGAACACCUCAACAGCUAUUGAUGAGUCUGGGGGUCUUCAGUGGUGGAUGGUGCUAGCCUUGAUAUCCGCCUGGACUCUGCUCUAUGUUUGCUGCAUUCGUGGUAUUGAGACCACUGGCAAGGCAGUGUACAUCACCUCCACUCUCCCAUAUUUGGUUCUCACCAUCUUCCUUAUCAGAGGAUUGACUCUCAAAGGUGCUACAGAGGGAAUCAAGUUCCUGUUCACACCAGAUGUGAACGAGUUAAAAAAUCCAUCAACCUGGCUGGAUGCAGGGGCUCAGGUUUUCUACUCCUUCUCCUUAGCUUUUGGAGGUCUCAUCUCCUUCUCCAGUUACAACUCUAUUCACAACAACUGUGAGCAGGACGCCGUUCUCAUUUCCCUCAUCAAUGGCUGCACCUCUGUGUACUCUGCAACAGUUAUCUACUCCAUCAUUGGCUUCAGGGCAACAGCGAAAUAUGACGACUGCAUGGGAGAAAACAUCUUGAAGUUGAUGAAUGCCUUUAACUACCCUGAAGACAACAUCACAGAGAGUAACUUCAACGAUGUUUUUACCCACCUCAACCAGACAAAUCCAGAUAUCAUUCAAGAAUUGCAGUUACAGACCUGUGACAUGCAAACUUUCCUAAGUCAAGGUGUGGAGGGGACAGGACUGGCCUUCAUCGUGUUCACAGAGGCCAUCAUCAAGAUGCCCGUUUCCCCUCUCUGGGCUGUCCUCUUCUUUGUCAUGCUCUUCUGUCUUGGCCUCUCAACUAUGUUUGGGAGCAUUGAAGGAGUUGUGGUUCCCUUGCAAGAUCUCAAAAUACUGCCACGUACUUGGCCCAAAGAAGUUUUUUCAGCUCUGACUUGCUUAAUUUCCUUGGCUCUUGGGCUCAUAUUUGCCCUACGCUCUGGGAACUACUGGUUAGCUCUUUUUGACAACUUUGCAGGCUCCAUCCCCUUGCUGGUCAUUGGAUUCUGUGAAAUGAUCUCUGUCAUCUACAUCUAUGGUAUAGAUAGGUUUAACGAGGACAUUGAGUUUAUGAUUGGCCACAAGCCCAACAUGUUCUGGCAGGUGACAUGGAGAGUGGUUAGUCCACUCAUUAUGGUCUUCAUCUUGAUUUUCUACUUUGUUACACAAGUCACCAAGAGUCUCACCUAUUUGGUCUGGGAUGAGGAGGCGGAGAACUUCCCAACCCUUGAACCACGUGCAUAUCCCUCCUGGAUAUACGUUCUCAUCUUCAUCCUGGCCGGAAUUCCCAGUUUAGCAGUCCCCCUGUUCGCCAUCUUCAAAUUCAUCCAGAGGAAAUGCUGCAAGCGGGACAACAGUGACAAGACACUGGACACGAUCUCUGCCAAAAUACAGAUGAAUGAGAAAAAGUUUUAGACACGCCUAGAUCUUUUAGUGGCUUCAUUGUUGUUAUAUGCUGCUCAUUGGUAAGGCUUUUGCAAUAUUUGUUUCCUUCUGUAACAUGUUUCAUAUGUUAGUGUGUCUUGUGUAUUCAAGGAAUAGUUUUCAUUUUGGAAAAUAUGCUGUGUAUGAAGCUAAAGUACAGCAUGUCAGUUUAGGUUGGCACAAAGACUGGGAACAGAGGCAGGCGGCAUGGCUCUGUUAAAGUCAAAAUGUGGUUGAGCUGUUUUCCUCCUUAUACUCUUUUCCUCUAAGCUAACUAGGUUUAGUUUCAUAUUUAGCACACACAUAUGAAUGAUAUAAUUUUUUUUCAUCUAUUCUUUGUAAGAAAACAAAUGAGCUUAUUUAACUGUUCUGUUAACAUUGUAAGUUUACAACAUACACAUGUCUAAUGUAUAAAAAAAGUUUUAUUUGAAGAUGCUGUAAAUUAUCCUCAAGAGAGGAAUCACUGCUUGGUAAAAGCUUUUACACAAUGUAUAAUGUUGUUGAUCAAAAAGAAAGAAAGAAAAUGAUGGUAUGUGUGCCUUUUAGUUUUUGGUGUGCUAUGGAGGAUGAUUUUGAAUUUGAAUUUUUAAAUGUUUGAUGUGUAUUGAAACACUGCACUUAUUCUGACAUAAACUGUUAUAUGGCAGAAUGAUAUAUACUGUUAUAAUACUGUUAUAAUCUGUUUGAAAUCUACUCAUGAAUGCAUACUUCAAGAGCAAACUAUUUAAAUAAAAUACUUCUAAGAGUUUA